AUGGGGAACCAGCAUUCAAAAAAAUCAAAACAACAACGAGGCUCCAAACAUUCUUCCAAAGAAAUUUCCAGUACAAGUACGGAUGAAUGUCCCCCACGAUUAACUGAUUCGAGUUUUCGUUACGUAGAUGGCCGAAAAUAUUAUCGAGACACUCCUUGUGUAUUCCCAGUUGAUAAAAGGGAAACGACACGAAAUGAAGAAAAACAAAUCAUAGCGAAACUUUUAUGGCAAAGAAAUUUCUCCGCACCAAUCGGAGAUCAUUUAAAAGCUGGAGGCUUAAAAAUACUGGACGUUGGAUGUGGUCCAGGAACAUGGAUACUCGAAAUGGCCAAAACAUAUCCAUCAUGCUCAUUCAUAGGUGUUGAUAUUUCCCAAGAUUAUCCAUUAAGUGACCUGCCGGAAAAUGUUGAAUUCAUACAAGCCAAUAUACUUGAUCGUCUACCAAUCGAAAGCAACGAGUUCGAUUUCGUGGUCAUGCAUUUUCUGAAUGGUUGUUUCACAAUACGACAAUGGGAAUCAAUAAUCAUUCCAGAA